GUUCUUGACAGUUCCUCGUCACAUUUUCUGUCGGCGUGGUCGUCUAACGUAUACUGCCUUAUAGUCUGGGCGUAUAAUUCAUAUUUUCAGUAAAAACGCGAUUACCGGGUUAACUGAUGUGUUCGAGCUUGGAAAUGGUGAGUGGUGCGGUUUAGUUUGCUGUUAGCUUAUAACGUUUUUUCAGACGUCAAUCAGGGUAAAACAAUACAAGAGUGACAGCAAGACGACAUGUCCUCAUUACUAAAGUUACAUACACGUUCAUUUAUUCCCCGACAUUCACCAAGACUGUUUCGGAAACGCACAGUGCCUGUAACGUCCCGUCGGUACUCAACAACAGAGCAGGGCGACUCCACGUCGAGUGGUGUCCCAUACGCACAGACAUUGCAGAGCGAAGAUAAUGCCGCCCCUACCAACAUCCCGGAGACUGCCGAUGUUGUUGUCAUCGGAGGCGGGAGUGUUGGAUGUAACACGCUCUACCAUCUAACUAAGCUUGGGGUGAAGAACGCAGUCUUGAUUGAGAGAAAUCAACUUACAGCUGGAACAACGUGGCACACCGCUGGGUUGGUAUGGCGACUGCGUCCCAAUGACAUUGAUAAUGAGAUUCUCAACUACAGUCGAGUACUGUUCCGAGAAACGUUGGAGAAGGAAACUGGUAUCAGUACGGGAUGGAUUGACAAUGGUGGUUUAUUUAUCGCUUCAAAUAAAGUUCGACUAGACGAGUACAAGCGACUACAAACACUAGGGAAACCAUUUGGGAUAGAAUCACAUGUGCUGACACCACAAGAGAGUCUGAAGGUGUAUCCACUACUGAAUAUUGAUGAUCUCUAUGGAACUCUGUACAGUCCAGGGGAUGGCACGGUGGACCCGGCUGGAUUGUGUACAGCACUCACUAAGGCGGCUACAACUGCUGGUGCCACGGUGUUAACAAACUGUCCUGUCACCGGUAUUGAUGUUAAGGAAGAUGACCUUGGUGUGAAGCGAGUGAAGGGUGUUCAUACUGUAUCUGGUACUAUACGAACACCCCUCGUGGUCAACUGUACAGGUGUGUGGGCGCCGAUCUUGGGUGCAAUGGCAGGAGUUAAAGUUCCCCUCGUCGCUAUGAAGCAUGCCUAUAUUGUAACAGAAAGAAUCGAUGGUAUUCGAAACAUGCCCAACCUGAGAGACCAUGAUGCUUCAAUUUACCUGAAAGUGCAAGGAGAUAGUCUAUCCAUUGGUGGUUACGAACCUAAUCCAGUGUUCUGGGAUAAGGUGGAGAACGAGUUUGCUUUCUCAUUGUUCGACCUGGAUUGGGAUGUCUUUACACAGCAUGUUGAGGGCGCUAUGAACAGAGUGCCAGUUUUAGAGACCACUGGUAUAAAGUCAACUGUAUGUGGGCCAAGACUUUCUCACAUACAUAAUAUGUUUUAUUUCCUUGGGCGUUUUCCAACUACCAUUACCGAUAACCAGCGAUGGGUUCGCGAGAGAAGUCAUGAAGCAUAUGCUAAAAAUUACAGUAUCGUAUUCCCACAUGAUGAACCUUUAGCGGGCAGAAAUAUGCGAUGUGAUCCUUUUCACAAGGAUUUACAAGAUGCUGGAUGUAUUUAUCAGGAGAGACAUGGUUGGGAACGACCAGGAUGGUUCUCAGAAGAUCCAGCACCACUUUUGGAUUAUGAUUACUAUGGGUCUUAUGACAUCCGUAAGAACACAGAUUAUGAAUAUGAAAGAAGAUUAACUGAUGAGUAUACAUUUGAUUGGCCACCCCAUCAUCAUAUUAUUGGAAAAGAGUGUAAAGCGUGCCGUGAAGCAGUUGCUGUAUUCAACAUGUCAUAUUUUGGUAAAUUUCAUCUGGUUGGUCCUGAUGCUCAGAAAGCAGUUGAUUGGAUAUUCACAAAUGAUAUGUCUAAGCCGGAAGGAUCCACGUUGUACACAUGCAUGUGUAAUAAAUUUGGUGGCGUUGAAAGUGACCUGACAGUUAGUAAAUUGGCGCCUGGUGAUGGAAGCAGUGUUUUAACCCCUAAAUCAGAUGGAAUAUCGUUCUACAUCGCUGCUGGCGGUGGCAACUCACAACAAAGUCUUUCGCAUAUAUUAACCGUAAUUCAAGAUAUGAGCUUCGACUGUGAACUCCUAGAGAACUCGGAAGAUAUGGGAAUGAUCAGCAUACAGGGUCCUAAAAGUCGCCACGUCCUUCAGUCACUGACCACAACAGACCUUAGCAAUGAGAAUUUUCCUUUUUCGACUCACCAACUGAUUAAAGUAGCUGGUCAUUUGGUUCGUGCAAUUCGUUUGACCUUUGUUGGUGAACUUGGAUGGGAACUCCAUAUACCCAAGGAUUACUGCGUUGAGGUGUACAACGCUGUGAUGGCGGUUGGCAGUAAAUACGGCAUCGCUAAUGCCGCAUACCGGGCUAUUGAUUCACUGAGUGCUGAGAAAGGUUAUCGUCAUUGGCAUGCCGAUUUGAGGAUGGACGACACACCGUUGGAAGCUAAUCUUGGCUUUACGUGUAAACUCAAGAAACCAACUCCAUUCCUGGGACGAGAAGCACUGGAAACACAAAAAAAGGAAGGGCUGAAGAGGAAACUGGCUUGCUUCACUGUUGAUGGGUACACACCCUUGCAUGGAUUAGAAGGCAUCUGGAGAAACGGAAAGUCGGUCGGAUUUUUGCGCAAUGCACAGUAUGCAUUUGCAUUGGGGAAAACUAUCUGUUAUGGAUAUGUCACCGACCCAGAAGGUGCCGUCGUCAACAACGCUUAUUUGAAAGCAGGUGAAUAUCAAAUUGAGGGCAUGGGAGUGAAUUUUCCAGCAACGUUGCACGUGAAGUCACCAUUUGAUCCAAAGAAUAAUCGAAUUAAAGGAAUCUAUGACGAUGGAAUUACAGUACAUAUACCGAAACCAAAGAAAUUAGUGGAUGUUGUACUUUAAAUACCUGCUACCCCUAUAUUUUAAUAUUAUUAUCUAUUUUAACUCUAUGGUUGGGUGAUACCAUAUUAAGAAAAUAGGGGUUGAUUUUACUCCUUACGUACAUGGCUGGGUGGGUGGCUGAAAAAGACACUGAAGGCAGAAAUAGAACAAUUUUCUUAUUUUUCAGCAUCAGCUGAAACUUUAACUCUUCAUUGUGAAACUUGCAGCUAAUCAAAUCAAUUAUUCAAGAAAAAAAAAAAUACAGCAUACUGUUCUGGAAACAUGCCAAAGAACCCACAAGCAAAGGAAAAUUAUGUAAAUUAGGUCCAACAUUAACAUAAAAUAUGGGGGGAAGAAAAUGUAAAAAUCUGAAAUAUUGCCUUUACAGUCAUGACUGUAUGUAAAAUCUACAUCUUCCGUAAGCUGUUAGAAAUUUUCUCACUCAAGCAGAUGAGUUUGCAUUCCAGAAUGUUUUUUUCUUACUGCAGCUUUGGGAAUUAUUCGGACAGUCAGUCAGUUCAAAUGGCUUGCAACUUUGCAAAACACUUGCCUAUUGAUUUGUAAUAGAUUUGACAGUGCUGUCUGGCUAAUAGCUUGCUGUGUGAUUCACUAUUACAUGGGUAGUGUUAACAUAAUGACUUUAUACUAAUCUAGUAUACGUUUUCAAUAACUAUUCAUUUCUUUAGUAUUUUCAUUGUAUGUGACUCAAGAAUGUUAAACCAAAAUAUUCAUUAUGAUUGAUCAUUUCAUGAAAUAAUGUUUCAACAUGGAUUUCAAUGGAAAUAGUUUUAAAAGAAUGUAGAUUUUUCCCUAAAAAAAAAAAAUAUUUUAUACUGGGGAAAAACACUGAUUAAUUGUGUUCAAAUCAAUAAUCAUUUAAAACUAUUGAAAAAUUGUAAUAAAUUUCUCCCUUCUAUUAAAUAGAUGAAAUGUCCACAGAUAGUCUAGGGAUAUUUACAAGGUGAUAUUAAGACAGUGACAAUGUGCUAAUAUACCGGUAUAAACAACAGUUGUGUUUCUAUGAUCAAAUAAGUAUUAAAUUAAUGAUUUAGUGUAUGACAAAUGUCAUUUUUUGCUUAUAUGAACUUUUAUGGGAGAUUCGCAUCAAAUAGAGCAAAUGCAGUUUUGUCAAAAUUGUUGUCUUGUAACUUUUGACAACAAUCACUUCAGUAUCCAAAAAUAAUAAAGCUAUAAAGCCUCUAUUUCAAAUCU